AUGAACGUCGAGGAUCUGAAGCAUUACCUGGCGGAUUCCCCUCCGAGCGUCGUUCGGUUGGAGAUCGAGAAGCAUUUUAACCCCUUGGCUGACAAACAGAAGCGUUAUUCUCACUAUAUUAGCAAGGCUGCAUUUGCUGGUACUCGAAUUGUUUUGAGGCAGAUUUCUCCCGAGUCCGAGGCUAUCUAUGACUUCAUUCUGAGCCUGCAUGAAGCCUCCGCUGGCGACUGGCCUUCCCUCGCGAAGAAGGCCGGCGUCAGUGAGAAGGACUUGACUGACUUCCUCGACUAUGCUGCUAUGUUCCUUGGUAACAAUGGUAACUAUAAGAGCUUCGGAGACUCCAAGUUUAUCCCUAGGUGCGAUGAGUCCGUAUUCAAGGCAUUGGCUGCCACCUCUCCCAAGGCCGACCAGUUCUACAGCGCCACCAAUGGAGCCGUCUUCAGUGCUGAUAAGCCUGGUUUGUUGCAUCUGGGCUAUGUGGAAGAUGGCCAUAUGACUACUUACUACCCAGAGACCGCCGCCAUUGCCAAUGCCGAGAUCGAUGCCAUCUCGGCCUGGAUGGAGAAGAAGGGCCUGCUGCCCGAGAACACUAGGCUGCGCAAGACUGGCGAUGGCAACUUCGAGCUUCUCAUCGCAUCUGCUAUCAGCCAAGUACCCUCGGAAGGUGGGGACAUCGGCCAAGAAACCGAGUUUGUCAUCGAUGAUGGAGCUCUGAAAGGGAAGACCAUCAAGCUUACGUACGGCGACUACUCCAAGGAGAUGAAAGCCAUCGCGGAGUAUAUCAAGAAAGCCGCGGAAAACGGAGACAACCCCACACAAACGGACAUGCAUACAGCCUACGCCAAAUCGUUCGAGAGCGGCUCCUUGCUUGAUUUCAAGAACAGCCAGAGGUUUUGGAUCAGGGACAAGGGUCCCAUGGUGGAGUGCAAUAUCGGCUUUAUCGAGACCUACCGAGAUCCGGCUGGUAUUCGAGUGGAACGCACUCGUGCCUUCUCAGAACUCGUCUCAUCCGCCCCUGGCCUGAUUCCCCUUCUCCCGUGGGGUACGGAUUUCGAGAAGGAUGCGUUCCUGUCGCCCGACUUCACCUCUCUCGAGGUUCUCACUUUUGCUGGAUCUGGAAUCCCGGCCGGAAUUAACAUCCCCAACUAUGAUGAUAUUCGACAGACCGAAGGCUUCAAGAACGUCUCACUUGGCAAUGUUCUGAGCGCAAAGGCCCCCAACGAAAAGAUACCCUUCAUUGCUGAUUCGGAUCUUGAAGUCUACAAGAAGUAUCGGGAUGCAUCGUUUGAAGUGCAAGUUGGCCUUCACGAACUCACUGCCCCCUGUCAGCCCGAAUGCCGGGCGGAACUCGUUGCCAUGUAUCUGAGCUGCGAAUUCCCGGUUCUCAAAAUCUUCGGCUUUGGGGAUGGAUCGACUGAUCUUGAUGGUGAGGCUGGCGAUGUGCUCUAUGCGUCGUAUCUGUCCAUGGCGCGUGCUGGCCUCGUUUCACUCGAAAUGUGGGAUCCCAAGAGCCGGAAGUGGGGACAAGCACACUCCCAAGCCCGGUUCUCGAUUCUUCAGUGCUUCCUCCAAGCGGGCGAUGAUUUCUGUAAGCUCGAGUACAAGAAUGAUGACCUCUCUGACCUGACUAUCAAGUUGGACCGGUCCAAGAUCCUCACUGCGGGCCGAGAUGCUGUUGGGAAGUAUCUGCAAAAGUUGCACAUCUACAAGAGCACGGCCGAUGUGGAUAAUGGUAACAAGUUCUACACAGACAUGACGACUGUCGAUGUGGACUUUUGGGGAAAUAAGGUCCGAAAUGUUGUGCUCCAAAACAAACAACCCCGAAAGGUAUUUGUCCAGGCCAACACGACCAUUGAUGAGGCCACAGGGAAGGUGAGCAUUAAGCACUACGAGGCUAGCCCAGCUGGAAUGAUUGAGAGCUGGGCCGAGAGGGCACUUUAG